AUGUCAGCAAAUAUCCUGGAAAUUUCUGAGUUAAAAGACCCACAAAGGAUUCUUAAGAUUUUCGAAGAGCAAGAAUCAGCAGCUAAAUUGGAUAAGUAUGAAGAUCUUUUAUGGGACGUAUACCAAAAGGUUUUUGUUGCUGCUCUCAUUGUGAAAGAAGACACUUUAGCAAAGAAAUGUUGGAAUCGUUUAAAUGAUCGGUUCAAUAAAUCUCCAAGAGUAGAUGGACUUUAUGGAAUGUAUCUGGAAGCUACUUCAACUUUCGAAGAUGCAUUGAGUUAUUAUAACCAAAAGAUUUUCGAAGACCCAACGAAUACUAUCAUUCACAAGCGAAAGCUAUCACUAUUGCGUUCUGUUGGAAAAACCAAGGAAUGUAUGAACGGAUUAAUAGAGUAUGUAGAUACAUUCUAUACGGACAUUGAGGCAUGGGCGGAAUUAGCUGAUCUUUACUUUUCCGUGGAAGCAUAUCAAAAGGCUGCCUUCUGUUACGAAGAGAUGUUACUAUUGCAGCCAUAUGAACCUCGGAUUUUUGCAAAGCUUGCGGACGCACAUUUUGUCAUGGGAAAGAGUAACAAUAUUCAUUUGUGGAUUUCUCUUAAGCAUUAUUGCCGUGCUGUAGAAAUAUCUGAAGCGUACUUUCAUGCUUGGUAUGGCAUCCAACAGUGUUGUGAAGCAAUCAACAAAAUUUCGAAGACUGAGCUAAAGCGUAUACAAUCCCGUGCUCCUGAAGCAACCCUUAAUAUUUUAGCUGAUCCUGCCAAGGUUGAAGAACUGUUGGAGCUUUCCGGCAAGAAGGUUGAAGAAUUAACCCGCCAAGACGAAAAUUUGCGUAAGCUUCUAGCCGCGUGA